AUUUCCUCUACCAGUCUUGUGAGGCUUUUGCAAGAGUCACAAGAUUUUUCUUUUCUCGACUUAGUCAUUGGGGACCUAUAAACUUAAUACAGAGAGCCUUAGCGAUGAAGGAGUGGAGGUGGCCUGGUAAUAAGUAUAUAGCAAUUCUCUGACCCUAAAGCUUGUGCAGUGGCCCUCGGCUUUUUAACUGAAGUCCCUGGACCGUAAUAGUUUCUACGACUUUGCUCCUAGAUGCUAUUUUGGGGGAGGUGUUUUCAGAGAUAUCCUCGCCGGAGCAAUGUGAAUCGCUUCUGUUUUUUUAUGUCGUUAUUAAAAGGUAUCCCUGACUUUUUUUUCCCAUAGGGCGGACUUAAUGCAUUAUGUUUGUAAGUAGAGAUUAGUUUUGAGUCCUAGUAAUUGGGGAGCAACAGUUGUCCACAGCCGUCCCAAGCGGGAACUCGGAAACUCCGCAGUAAUCAUGUGAGCUGAGGCCAUCUCCCUCCUCUUCGUCCCCACCCCAUUCCUAUCAAGGCUUCAUCUUUUGCAGUCCCACGGUUAGUCAUGGCUCUUGCUGAAGCCCACCUGGCCUCUGUGCUGGUGGAGAUGAUUUUCCUAGGUAACUAGAUUCCUGAAGCUGCCUAAUGGGAGGUGGGAAAGAAAGGAAGCCAGUGAUGGUUGAACAACCAGUCUGUCACACGAUGCCUGUGGUUUGCAGGAGACUUCUCCAAACCUGUUUCUUGCUGCUGAUAGUUGCUCUCCUGGCUUCUUACUCAGUGCAUAUCCUGCUUAGUAUGUGUAUUCAGACAGCUGUGACAUCUUAUGAAGAUCUUGGACUCUUUGCAUUUGGAUUGCCUGGAAAGAUGGUGGUGGCUGGUACCAUAAUAAUUCAGAAUAUUGGAGCCAUGUCGUCUUAUCUUUUAAUUAUUAAAACAGAGCUUCCUGCUGCUAUUUCAGAAUUUUUGUCUGGAGAUUAUAGUGGGUCUUGGUAUCUUGAUGGGCAAACACUACUAAUAAUCAUGUGUGUUGGCAUUGUGUUCCCUCUUACACUUCUUCCUAAAAUAGGCUUUCUUGGCUACGCAAGUAGCUUAUCAUUUUUCUUUAUGGUGUUCUUUGCUGUUGUGAUAAUUAUUAAAAAAUGGUCUAUCCCUUGUCCUCUGAGAUCAAAUUACAUAGAGCAGUACUUCCAGAUUUCAAAUGCUACAGAUGAUUGUAAACCAAAGCUCUUUCAUUUCUCCAAAGAGAGUGCUUAUGCCAUACCAACCAUGGCUUUUUCAUUUCUCUGUCAUACCUCAAUAUUGCCCAUAUACUGUGAACUUCAAAGCCCCUCAAAGAAAAGAAUGCAGAAUGUAACCAAUACUGCAAUUGCUCUAAGUUUUCUCAUUUAUUUUAUAUCUGCACUCUUUGGGUACCUCACUUUUUAUGACAAAGUGGCGUCAGAAUUACUGCAAGAUUAUAGUAAAUACUUGCCACAUGAUGUUGUUGUCAUGACUGUGAAGUUAUGCAUACUAUUUGCUCUGCUUUUGACAGUGCCCCUAAUCCACUUUCCUGCAAGGAAAGCUUUAAUGAUGAUGUUUUUCUCCAAUUUUCCAUUCUCAUGGAUCCACCAUUCCUUAAUCACUCUGGCACUCAAUAUUAUCAUUGUCUUACUUGCAAUGUAUGUUCCUGACAUAAGGAAUGUAUUUGGUAUAGUUGGUGCCAGUACAUCAACAUGUUUGAUUUUUGUAUUCCCAGGACUAUUUUAUCUUAAACUUAGUAGAGAGGAUUUUCUCUCAUGGAAAAAGCUUGGGGCUUUUGUUUUGUUCAUCUUUGGAAUUUUGGUUGGGAAUUUUAGUUUAGCAUUUACUAUUUUUAAUUGGAUUAACAAAUGAAGGAAAUAUUUUCCCACUUCUUAUGAAGAAUAAUUUACCUCCACAUGCAAAAAGGAAUAAUUCUGGAAUGCACCUUGGAUAAAUCUUUAUAUGGGUUAACAUUUUGGUAAACAUUAGUAACAAAAAAAAGUGGAACAGAGUGGGAAUGGAUAGGGAAAAGUGGGUUUAUAGCAGUUUUAAUAAAAAAGGAAACAAACUCAAAUGCUCUUAAAUAUA